AUGCUUUAUUCAGUGGUCGAUUCAAUCGGAAAACCACCAAGUGGGGUCCUUGAAGGAACACUGUCUAUGUUGGGAGCUUACGACCAGUGUCUCAAGAUUUCAGUCCCACGAAAAUCCAGCAGCAAAGAAAAGAAGCCCAUUUUUGAAGGGAAGUACUGUUUAGCAGAAUAUCAGCUUCCUUUGAUGCCAAAUAAUCAAUCAAAUACGAGGACCAGUUCAAGAAAGUCAGACAACCAACAGUCGGUUGUGGAGAAUCUCGUUCAACAGGCAAGUAUUUCACCCCAAUCAGCAUUGCGUCACGGAUUGUGUGUUCCGUCGACUUGUUCCAAUGAAGAUGUAGACAAGAUCAUUAGAUAUGCUUUGAAGUCAACAGGGAUGAUAUCGUCCAUACGUCAUUGCAACGUCAGGACUCCAAAUCCAAUAUUGACAGAACAAAUUAUCGCAUUGGCAAUAGUAGGGAUAAUCGGAGUUCUAGUUUUGAUGGGAACGUGUCUAGAUGGUGUUACUCGGUCUACUAUCCCUAUUGGAAGUAAAAUUCAAAUUCAAGGCUCAGUUUCAGGAACUGGACUACGUUUCCUGUUAAUGUUUUCUCUCUACACAAACACAAAAAAAUUUCUUCACAUUGGAAAUACCUCUGAUGGUCUUUCUGCGUUACACGGUAUUCGAUUUUUAACGGCAGCUUGGGUGAUUCUAGGACAUACCUAUUUUCUGUUCAGAAUACCAAAUUAUCGUAGACUUCAUGGGUUUCUGGACUUCGCUCAAAACUCACUUUUUGCUCCGGUAGAAAACUUCACUGUUUCCGUAGACACAUUCUUCUUCCUGAGUGGACUUUUAUUAGUAUAUUCGAACUGGAAACGUUUGCAGAGCCAAAACGGUUGCUUAAAUAUUCUGAAAAUGUAUCUUCACAGAUACUGGAGAUUAACACCAGCCUAUGGUUUUUGUAUGGUGCUUGUUUUUCUUCUGCCUCUCUUGGGAAGUGGACCUUUAUGGCACGUGGUUAUUAACCAAAUGGUGGACAAUUGUCGACAUAGUUGGUGGAAAAACCUCUUGUAUAUCAACAACUUCUGGAACAUGGACGACAUUUGCAUUCGACAAUCUUGGUACCAAAGUGCAGCAAUCCAAUAUCAUGUUGUCUUUGUAGUCAUCCUUCUGAUGUUAUUCAGGUGGCAUCUGGUGGGAUUACUUUUAAACGGAUGCGUUGCUUUAGUUGGAAUAGCCUACACAGGCAUUCUGGUGUAUAAAAAUGCCUACCCUCCAACUAUCAUGAUCGCCGUAAGGGAUUUAAGUUCCCUGUACGAGUUUGGAACUGAAGUUUAUAUUAAACCUUUCCAUCAUGUUGGAGCUUAUUGUGUCGGAGUAGCAUUUGGAUUUCUUCUCGUGAAGCAUAAAAACUUAAAGUUUCACCCACUAAUUCUAGUAUUGGGAUGGCUUUCUGCAACGGCAUGUAUCCUUGCUGUAAUAUACGGACUUAACCCAUACAGAAGUGGAACUGUAGCGACACCUAUAAUUGCUGCUUUGUAUUCGGCUGCUCACAGGACAGUCUGGGCCUGUGGGGUUGGAUGGAUUGUAACUAUGUGUGCUACCGGUCAAGGAGGUAUUAUCAACCAGUUCCUUUCAUGGUCAUUGUUUGUUCCUCUAGGAAAACUAAGUUUUUUAGCUUACUUGCUCCACCCGUUGGUCAUGACGGUUCACAAUGCGCACAUGAGGGAACGAGUCUACCUUGACCAUUACGAAAUGAUAUACACCUACCUGGGACACCUGUUGGUGACUUUCGGUGUAGCUUUCAUCUGUUUCGUAACAGUGGAGACUCCUUUCAUUUUAAUGGAAAACUUGUUUUGUAAGAAAGAGUUCAAGGCAGAUAUUUCAGAGCAACAUAAUGGAGGCAAUAAUAAUAAGCACCCCCUAUCGGUAAUUGGUAUUAAACACAGGGAACUCGGAGGAACAGCUUGUAAGUUAGAAGCAUUCAAUAAUUCAAACAGUAAAGAUCACUUGGCUAACGGCUAGCUACGAAAGACAUUUUAAUGUAUUUGAUUUUCGCAUUCACAAAAUUUAUUUGCUAGUUUCAGUAUCAUAGCUCACCCAAAAUAAUAAAAUCCAGCCGAUUAUGAAUAAUAAAUUCCCACUGAGUAGCAAAAUAAUAUGACUUUUAUUGGGAUAUCUUUGAAUGGGAAAUUUAAAACUUAUCCUACAUUAAAUUGCUUAAGUAUUUAAGGAAGUUACAUUGUUUUAGCUCCAAAUUUAGGUGUAUUGUAAAUGAGAGCUAUCAUAUUCGACAAUCCUCAAAUCUACGCACACCAUACAGAAAAAUUAUGUAAUAAAAUUGUAUACAUUAUGGGAAAUGGAAAGUUUGUUUGGUUUAAAUUAUACCUGUCCCUAAUUAUAAAAUAAGACUUAUUUAGUACAUACCUUAGUUUGCAUGGUUUAAACUAUAAUUAUUCUUAUCUACAAUAAAAUAAGACUUAUUUAUUUGGC